AUGGCAGAAGGUAUCGAUGCGCAGAAUCUCCUGAAAUUCACACAAAAUAUGGCAAAGAGUUGUGCCGAGGAAGAAGACGUUACGGAAUCACAUAGCUAUGUCUACUUUGCUCAAAAGCUGGACGAUUUUUCAGCUGGAACCUUCAACGCCAAUUUCUGGGACCAAGUUAUGCCGAAUUUCCGCAGCCGAGACACGAUUGUCCGCUUGAUAUUACUUCCGGGUUCAGAAGCACUACCAGAUACAGAUCUUGCGAUUUAUGAAGAAUUGGCUACCAACUCGACAGGAUUCUUUGAUUUUGAGGAAUGGCAAAACAACACUAUCCCCUCUGUGAGAGCUACUGCGAUAAACUAUGGAAUGUGUACGCCUUUGGUCCUUGCCGACAAUUGUAAAACAUUGAGCACCACGGUGGACAAAUCCAACUGUCCGCAACGCUACUUUCCGUUCCUAAUUCCGAUUUUUGCAACAGAACGGAUAAUUCACAUAGCGUCUACACCUUUCCAGAGCACGAAUACAGCCGUUUCAACCUCUUACCAUGAUUUUGGCGAGAUUUAUAGUACGGAGCCACACUAUGCUUAUAUAGCGUUGGGGAAAGAUAUAAAUACCGUAGGCGAAUUGCAAAGCCUCUUUCUGCAGUAUUUCAACAUUUUCGAAGAAGUGCACGAAUUCCGGGAAAUUCAGCCUGUCGUCAUCAUCAUGUUCGACAUGGUCGAUCAGCAGUUAACCUACGAGCUGAACGGAAUCCACGCGUUCUGGGGCACGUUGAUGAGCCAUUUAGUCUCGACUGACGUUCUUCUACGCAUCGUUUAUACCGUGAGCCAAGCCUUACCCACGGCUACUGUGGACGCAUUAGAGAAAGUGAAAGCUGAUUAUCCGGGAUAUUUUGAUUACGAAGUCAAUCGUAUGGACGAUCCUUUCACGACUGCCGCCAAAUACGGAAUGUGUAGCAUUGUG